GCCGUGGGAGGUGGGGGAGGUCGGCCGGGAGCGCGCACGUCUCGGGGGGGGAAAACUGAUGCACGCUCCAAGAAGGUGCGGUCCCCUGCCCAGAGCCCUCCAGGCUGGAGGAGGACCCAGCACUGUCUGGUGACCGGAUCGGAGCCACGAAAUGCAGGAAGGUGGUCAGUGGGAAGUCCAGCCUGGGUCCUUGAGAGCAGCUAGAAGGAAAUGCAGCUGCUGUUGGCCCUGUUGAGCAUCCUUCUGGGGGCACCAACCUUGUCCCUUGAGGCCUCUGAGGAAAUGGAGCUGGAGCCCUGCCUACCCCCCACCCUGGAGCAACAAGCACAGAAGCUGACCGUGGCCCUUGGGCAGCCUGUGUGGCUGUGCUGUGGGCGGGCCGAGCGUGGUGGCCACUGGUACAAGGAUGGCAGUCGCCUGGCACCCGCCGGCCGGGUACGGGGCUGGAGGGGCCGCCUGGAGAUUGCCAGCUUCCUGCCUGAGGAUGCUGGCCACUACUUCUGCCUAGCCCGUGGCUCCAUGACUAUCUUAUACAAUCUUACCUUGGUUUUGGAUGACUCCUUGACCUCUCUCAAUGAUGAUGAGGACCCCAAAACCCUCAGAGUCUCCUCAGCUGAGCAGGUUUAUCCCCAGCAAGCACCCUACUGGACACAUCCCCAGCGCAUGGAGAAAAAGCUGCACGCAGUGCCUGCUGGGAACACUGUCAAGUUCCGCUGCCCAGCUGCAGGCAACCCUAUGCCCACUAUCCACUGGCUCAAGGAUGGACAGAUCUUCCAUGGGGAGAAUCGCAUUGGAGGCAUUCGGCUGCGCCACCAGCACUGGAGCCUGGUGAUGGAGAGUGUGGUGCCCUCAGACCGUGGCACAUACACAUGCCUUGUGGAAAACUCUCUGGGCAGCAUUCGCUACAGCUAUCUGCUGGAUGUGCUGGAGCGGUCCCCGCACCGGCCCAUCCUGCAGGCGGGGCUCCCAGCCAACACCACAGCUGUGGUGGGCAGCGAUGUGGAGUUGCUAUGCAAGGUGUACAGCGAUGCCCAGCCCCACAUCCAAUGGCUGAAGCACAUCGUCAUCAAUGGCAGCAGCUUCGGUGCGGACGGCUUCCCCUAUGUCCAAGUCCUGAAGACAGCAGACAUCAAUAGCUCCGAAGUGGAGGUCUUGUACCUGCGGAAUGUGUCAGCAGAGGAUGCGGGCGAGUAUACUUGCCUGGCAGGCAACUCCAUUGGCCUCUCCUACCAGUCGGCCUGGCUCACAGUACUUCCAGAGGAAGACCUUAUAUGGACGGCAGCAUCGGAAGCCAGAUACACAGACAUCAUUCUGUAUGUGUCCGGCUCGCUGGCUUUGGCCGUACUCCUGCUGCUGGCUGGGCUGUAUCACCGGCAAGCCAUCCAUGGCCGCCACCCCCGCCAGCCCGUCCCUGUGCAAAAGUUGUCCCGUUUCCCUUUGGCCCGACAGUUCUCGCUGGAGUCGGGCUCUUCUGGCAAGUCUAGCUCCUCCCUGGUGCGAGGCGUCCGGCUGUCCUCCAGUGGCCCCCCACUGCUUGCUGGCCUCGUGAAUCUAGAUCUGCCGCUUGACCCGCUGUGGGAGUUCCCCCGAGACAGGUUGGUGCUCGGGAAGCCCCUAGGUGAGGGAUGCUUUGGGCAGGUGGUUCGAGCAGAAGCCUUCGGCAUGGACCCCUCCCAGCCUGACCAAACUAGCACGGUGGCUGUGAAAAUGUUGAAAGAUAAUGCCUCUGACAAGGAUUUGGCAGACCUGGUCUCUGAGAUGGAGGUGAUGAAGCUGAUCGGGCGGCACAAGAACAUCAUCAACCUGCUGGGUGUCUGCACUCAGGAAGGGCCCCUGUAUGUGAUUGUGGAGUGCGCUGCCAAGGGAAACCUGCGGGAGUUCCUCCGUGCCCGGCGUCCCCCAGGCCCUGACCUCAGCCCUGACGGGCCAUGGAGCAGUGACGGGCCACUGUCCUUCCCAGCCUUGGUCUCCUGUGCCUACCAGGUGGCCCGAGGCAUGCAAUAUCUGGAGUCUCGGAAGUGCAUCCACCGGGACCUGGCUGCUCGAAAUGUGCUGGUGACUGAGGAUGAUGUGAUGAAGAUCGCUGACUUCGGGCUGGCCCGCGGCGUCCACCACAUUGACUACUAUAAGAAAACCAGCAAUGGCCGCUUGCCAGUCAAGUGGAUGGCGCCUGAAGCCUUGUUUGACCGUGUGUACACACACCAGAGUGAUGUAUGGUCAUUUGGGAUCCUGCUCUGGGAGAUCUUCACGUUUGGGGGCUCCCCAUAUCCUGGCAUCCCCGUGGAAGAACUAUUCUCACUGCUGCGGGAGGGGCACCGGAUGGACCGACCCCCAAACUGCCCCCUAGAGCUGUACGGGCUGAUGCGGGAGUGUUGGCACGCAGCGCCCUCUCAGAGGCCAACUUUCAAGCAGCUGGUGGAGGCACUUGACAAGGUCCUGCUGGCUGUCUCUGAAGAGUACCUUGACCUUCGCCUGACCUUUGGACCCUACUCACCCUCCAGUGGGGACACCAGCAGCACCUGCUCCUCCAGCGACUCCGUUUUCAGCCAUGACCCUCUCCCACUGGAGACGAACACCUUCCCCUUCCCUGGCGUGCAGACAUGAACAGGGUAGGCAGGUAGGCCAGUGGCCCUGGGUUUCCUGGCACAGCUGCAACCUGACAUAGCAAUUAAUUUUGGCAGCUUCAGGCCCCUGACCUGAGUGUGAUGUCCCAGAUCCCUCGUCCUGCUAUGCAGGGGCCCAUUUUUUGGUCCUGACGCUUAUGCUCCGGCCUAAAUUCCCAAUGCAGAGUUCAACCCCAGUCUCGAGCCCCACCCUUGCCCAUGGACUUACUUCAACGGGGCUAAGUAUUAAGGCUCCACCUCCAUGGCCUUGGCAUUCAGUUAUUAUCUUAAGGGGUGCAGAGCUGCUGUCCUAAACCCUCCUCCUUCCGCAAAACAACUGAAGUUAGAGACCUCUGAACCCCAGGACCCCAUGCCCUUAAACCUUACCUUCCCCAACCCCUGUAUUCACACUGCUUCUCUCACCAUCCUGGUGGAAGGAGUAACAGCUCUGGUGUGCCCGGGAAAGACUCAAAGCUUACUGAGAACAAAGGAUUAAAUUGCUUUUAUAAAUUAUUUUUUUUAAAUAAA